UACUCAAAAAGACAUAUUCAUUUUGCGCAAAUUACACAUGACCCAUUACGAAUGUUCUAAGGCUUUGUAGACUACUUACAUGCAUUCUAUUCACUCAAGUACAGCAUCAAAAUCAAAGAGAUUCGGUUGAGAUUUUCACGACUUGUCGCUUAACCGUUCACAAACCAGCACAGAAAAACAGCAGUAUUGGUUAUCUACACACACUGUGCACGGUUCUCUGUUUGUUUCCUGACAAUGUUUUCUCUUCAAUCUAGAGCUUAAGUGAGCCUCUUGCCUCCCUGCACGCCGUGAAGAGCCCUUCACGAUAUAACACCGUUUAUAUCGGCCCGCACGAGCCAACAUCAACUUUCAUAAACGGGCCUAUAUUUGUAAUCAUUGUUUUGGGAACCAUUAUAUUGUUAGUGUGUUUCUAAUGUUUUAGUUGCGUUUGAGUGAACAAUUGACUUGUUGUGCUGAACGCUGUUUUGACAAGUUCUCCAGAUACCUCCCGAUAACACGAAAUGGUAUUCGACCAAGUUACACAGUUAGUUAGCGGCCAAACUGCUUUCAGCUCUUUCGACGUUCCCCUCUAUUCGCCCCCAUUGACCCCUUCCCAGUUACCCCGGUCUCUGUUACGUAAUCUAAAACAUUCAUAAUCUGCAAACAUUCGAUAUCUGACCAGUGAAAGCAUUUCAGUCGCCGGCUUUUAAUAACUUCACCCCGUUUUUCAGUAAAAUCAGUUCGAAGGCUUUGACCAUGUUUCACUCAAUCAGGAAAAUAUAUGGAUAAUUUAAAAAUCAACAAAAUGCUCUUCAGGAAAGCUACCUUAGAUUUGAUCAGAAAACUAUUUUCCUGUCUACUUUUGUAUCCUUACGUGCAGGCAAAUAUCAAAUUGAGCUAUUAAAAUUCACAUACAUUAUGGCGGAGAGCGAAAAGGGUAUGGGGGCGAGAAUAGGCUGUCGUUCGGCUCCAGUUCCUUUCGGACCAACCAAUAUGGCGGCUGCAGUGGCCGAAAAUAUGCAAUUAUUUUUCGUGAGGGAUAAAUCAACGAACAAAGGAAUAAAACGCCUUGUGAUCAAGAAAAUAUCACAGACCAAGACCUGAAGGUGGAACAACUCAGAUAACGAAGGCAAAAGUUCUCUGUUUCGAAAGUUUGUUGAUAUGGCGCCGGUGGUUGCAUUGUUUCGUUCCCCUACUGCACCGCCUGCACAAGAUGAAUACCAUAAGGAAUUUCAGGCUCAUGGUUUUGAACCUUUCUCAAUUCCAGUCCUUUCAUUCAAGUUUGAUAACCAACAGGAGCUGACUAAAAGACUCGAGGAGCCAAGUAAAUACGAAGGUAUGGUUCUCACAAGCCAGCGUGCAGUGGAAGCUAUGGAGCUCUGUGUGACAAAUUUUAUAUCACAUGAAGUUUGGAGAUGUGAGACUGUAAAAGGGUGGAGAGAAAAGGCAAUAUUUGUGGUUGGAAAAGCUACAGCAAAGGCUGCCAGUGAGAGGCUUGGACUGGAAAGUUCUGGACACGACACAGGCAGUGCAGAUGCUCUGGUUCCAAUCAUUCUUCAGUCCAUCAAGCCCAGUAGUAGUCCACUAUUGUUUCCGUGUGGUAACUUGAGAAGAGAGACAAUACCAAGUGAGAUGGCCAAAGCAGGUGAAACACAUUGUUAACUGAUGUCAGUUUUAAGCACCUGAAAACUCCAUGGGGGAAAUCCCAUAUAGAAAGGAUGUGUUUUCUCGUCGGAAAUUUUGAAAAGAACCCCUAAGAGGUACCAAGGUCUUGUUUUGUUGGCGUGGCUCAAGAAAAUUUUUUUUCAACUCUAAGAGGUACCAAUUCAACAACACAUUAACUGACACUGACUUUUUUCAGCUCAAUACCCUAAAAGGUACCGCUAAAGGCUCCCACUGUGGAGCUUUGGAGGUUCAACACCCUUAAAGGUACCAAAACAACUCUUUGACACCUUAAAGUAUGAUGAGUACUCCUGUCCUUUCUAUAAGCGAGUACCAUCCCCCCUCCCCACCACUGGACUGACAACCUUUACAGUGCCACCAUAACUUUAUGAAGCUGUACAGGAUUUCAAACACAUUUGGGCUGUUUUCCAAGCAAGUGCCCUGAACAAUGCUCUUGAUUGGUACUUGUGGGGAAAAAUGAGUUUAAAGAGAACAGUACAGUGUCUCAUUUUGUUGUCUUGUCAUUGUGUUUUCUUCACCUGCUUUCUUGCCUCUCUCUUUUCCCCAACAAUAUCACAACCCA